CUAGAUGGUUGGUUGUCAUGGAUACCUGGGUCACAUGCGUGGGUUUCCUGAAGCCAGCAGCAAAAUGAUGCGAGCUAGCUAGCUAGCAUUUUUACUGCCGUUUUCAUUCAGAUUUCAUCAAAAGGCGGUAGCUAAAUUAGCAAACUACAGCUAGCUACAGAUGAACAUACAUUGAGAAUGGGUAUAACGCCAACAACAUUUGUUGCAAAAGGCUGUGUUUGUGGACGUAUUAUUCAAGUGAGCUUUCAACCCUUACAAGCCUGAGCUGGAAUAUCAUUUUUUUAUAUUCAGAAAAUAGCCACCGGUGUUUUUAUUUUCCUGACUCUUCAAAGACCGAUUAGAAAUGAGUAUUGAAAUCCCAGACGGAUUGACGGAGCUGUUGCAAAGCUUUACAGUGGAAGUGUUGAGGAAUCAGCCAGGAGACCUUCUGGACUUUGCCUUGCAGUAUUUCAUCCAACUGAAGGAGAAUCAGAGAGGAUCCGCCUUUGACAAUGCCCGAAAUUCGGCUAACGGUCGACCUGGCGAUAAUGUUAGCAGUGGAAGAUCGGUCAAUUUUGCCGAGGAGGCAGUGCAAAUUGAUUCGGAAAAUGAAGAAGAUGAUGAUGAGGAGGAAUUCGUAGCUCCAGUGAUCAACAGAUUCUUGAGAAGAACUUCAGUAUGUGCUGAAGCAUUCAACCCUGAUGAGGAGGAGGAGGACAAAGAUCCCAGGAUCACCCAUCCUAAAACCGACGAGCAGAGGCACAGACUACAGGAGGCCUGCAAAGACAUUCUACUGUUCAAAAAUCUAGACCCGGAGCAGAUGUCCCAAGUACUGGAUGCAAUGUUUGAGAUGACAGUGGAGGCUGGCGAACACAUUAUAGACCAGGAUGACGAUGGGGACAACUUCUAUGUUAUCGAAAGAGGGACCUUUGACAUCCUGAUGAAAGCCGACAGAGUGGAGCAUGUGGUGGGUUCCUAUGACAACCAGGGCAGUUUUGGCGAGCUUGCCCUGAUGUACAACACACCCAGGGCUGCCACCAUCAUCGCCACCUCUGUGGGAGCCCUCUGGUGCAUGGACCGACUGACGUUCAGGAGGAUCAUAGUAAAGAACAACCACAAGAAGAGGAAGAUGUACGAGGCUUUCAUCGAGUCACUGCCCCUGCUCACAUCCCUACAGGUCUCUGAGAGGAUGUGUGUGGUGGAUGUUCUAUCCUCCAAGACCUACACUGACGGAGAACAGAUUAUAGCGCAGGGGGCCACAGCUAACUGUUUCUACAUAGUAGAAUCUGGUCAAGUACGAAUAACAAUGAAUACGAGCAAGUUGAAAAAGGAGGAGGGAGAAGGGGUGGAAGAGGAGGUAGAGAUUGCCAUGUGCACCAGGGGACAGUACUUUGGAGAGCUGGCUCUGGUCACCAACAAGCCCCGGGCUGCUUCAGCGUACGCUGUAGGAAACGUCAAGUGUCUAGUGAUGGACGUGCAGGCGUUUGAGCGACUGCUGGGCCCCUGCAUGGACAUCAUGAAGAGGAACAUCGUCGACUACGACGAGCAGCUGGCCGCGCUGUUCGGGAAGUAACACCGGCGUUCACGACAACGACACCGCGUGAUAGAGUACACUCGGCAAAGACAGCUGAGACGUGAUGUUUUUAUAACAAGGGACUCCUAGACUCUCCUGAGGGGCCAAAUACCCCUGGUACUGAUCUGCUUUAUUAUCAGUCUGCUUUAACACACAUCACCCACUGUGUUUAUAUUACAGUAUUAGCAAUCAGACCAUUUUAGAUCGAGGUUUGUUCAUACUGGAAACUCAUUCUUCAUAUGAGAUGAAUCCCAUUUAUAUAGUUUUAGUAUUUUGUAUGAUACAUGAACAUAGUGGUGUUUGUUAAUGACCUUCAGAUUCAUUCCUGGGCCUUAUAUCCAAAUGGUACAUAUUAAGACACACUUCUAUCAGGUUUGUCUAAUAGAUGAACUACGUUACGGCUUUUGAUUCAAUCCAUUGUCCAGCAUUCACGGAAAAACACUUUAAAAAGAUGUUGCUAUUUUUGUUAUUGUUGCCUAUAAAUGUUACCACAAUCAUAUGAAUUCAUAAUGAAAUAAGAUUAUACUUGUUGUAUCUUAUCUCCCAAGUGUAUUAGCUACUUUUUAGAGGAACAUUUUAGGCUGGACAAUUUAUGUCAUAUGAAAACAACAGUUUUUCCCAGAAGGAAAAAGCAACAUAGAGUUGGUAGUGGUAUAUUUCAGUGUACCUUUCACUUGUAGUUGUCAACUUGUUUUUGAUUAAAUUGGAACAAUGCAUAUUGUACUUGGAAGUUUAAUAGUGCUAUAGUCCUGAGUUAAGCAUUUAUGAUCUAGUUGGUAAAGAGCAUUAGUAGCCAAUCAUUUGUUAAACUAACGUAUUAUAUUUGUUAAAUCAAAUGGGACAUUGACACAACUUGGUGCUCUGUAGCAAAAAAAAAGGCAGUAUUUCCUAACAAAUCCAUAUGUGAAGUUGGUCUAAACAGAACCAAUUCAUUAAUGGACUGUGUUGCUUACUUCAUUUUUUUUAUUUUUUACUAGUUAUUGUGUUAUAAGCUGUUAAUAAAUUGUCAGAGGGUGUUUCUUAGACACAGUGUCUUUUCCCACGUGAUUUUUGAUGUAUCAGUGGGUGUUUUGGAGUGCUGAUUUUGAGCUCAAAAUUUCCAACAGGUUAAACAGACAGUGUCUUCAGUGUCUUCAUAAGGGAAAUAUCAGAUAGGGAAAUUCUCUUAGCAUUUUGCAUAUUGCUGCUAGACCUACGUUUGGUACAUAGUUUCUUUGGUACAGUCUGUUUAAAAAAAGAAAAUAUUUGUUGUUUUUGUCAUUCACGCACUGCUCUCCUUAAUAGCUUAGUACCGUAUUUGCCUUUUUGAACCAGAGAUUUCAUAAAUGUCAUUAUUUUAACCUGCCAAUACAUUGUCAGAUAGAUGUUCAACCUUCAAUGCAAGUAAAUCUCUAAACCAGUUUUAUCAGUCAACUGAAAGGAUUUAUCUUGCCUACCUCUGCACAUAAUUACCUAUGCCAACAACAGGUAUCUGCCAUUCCUUGUUUCAUGGUGUUAAUGUUUGUGUUCUGUGUGUAAAAACAGAGUUCAAUUUGUUUAAUUUAAUAUAUUUUUAAGUUUCCACACCGACACUUGCUUUGCAGUUUCCCCUUUUUUUGUAAUAUUGUUACAACACGCCUAAUUUCCUAAGUAUUUUCAGUAUCUUAACUGUUAUUUGAAUUUCCAUUGCAAUAAACUUAGGUUUUGUAUAAAUAAUUGAA